AUGAAGACGAGCCCCCAGAAGCCUCCACUUCAACCGCGGGAGGUGAGCCUGUCAUCCACAGCGAAGAAUCUGAAGCGCUCACCCAUGAAGACGAGCCCCCAGAAGCCUCCACUUCAACCGCGGGAGGUGAGCCUGUCAUCCACAGCGAAGAAUCUGAAGCGCUCACCCAUGAAGACCAGCCCCCAGAAGCCUCCACUUCAACCGCGGGAGGUGAGCCUGUCAUCCACAGCGAAGAAUCUGAAGCGCUCACCCAUGAAGACGAGCCCCCAGAAGCCUCCACUUCAACCGCGGGAGGUGAGCCUGUCAUCCACAGCGAAGAAUCUGAAGCGCUCACCCAUGAAGACGAGCCCCCAGAAGCCUCCACUUCAACCGCGGGAGGUGAGCCUGAGAAAUGGAGGUCGUGAGUAUUGA